GAAGGGAUGAGUGGGAGGGGGUUGGCGUCAGAUGUGGCGCGAGCACGCCUCGCUUGCCCUCCCCCUCUCUGCCCUCCCCUCCCUCUCCCCCUUCUCUCCCGGUCGCGCACGGCGGCGUUCUGGCGCAGCCGGUGCAGAUCGUGCCGCCCCCGGCCGAAAGCGAGUACGUGUCGUCGGACGCGGUCUUCGGGCGAGGAGGCGCCUCGCCGGCGGGCGGCGAGCGCUGGGGCGAAAGCGAUCCGCAGCCGCACCCGAUGGACGUCCUUGGCUCCCAGCUGGCUGGGCGCCAGGAGACGCCAACGUUCGCGGAUGUAGGCGCGAGCCACGGCGCGGCGGCGUCCGCGGACCACGAGCCGGAAUUCGCCGCCGGCGCGAGCCACGGCGCGGCGGCGUCCGCGGACCACGAGCCGGAAUUCGCCGCCCCCUCCAGGCAGCCUCCAUGGGCCCGCCCUGCGGGCAGACCUGCCUUUCCGGAGCUGUCCAGGGCCGGCGAUGACCUCCGGAGCUGCGCCGCCAAUUGGAAGUCGAAGGACCGCGAGAACUGCACGGCUUUCAACGCCCCCCUCGACGCCCUGUCCCAGUUCCUGCAGCAGCAGCAAGACCAGCAGAAGUUCCGGUGAUGGCGGCCGCCGACGGUUGUUUGCACGAGCGGUCAUGGGAAUUGAUGAUGAUGAUGACGAGGACGAUGAAGUAUGAUGCCCUCCCCCGUGUGAGCAGGACACCGCCACAGUAAGCCAAGGCAAUGUCCUGGCACGCUACGCGGUACUCACUGUACAGCUUCUGCCCGCCCGCUCAGCUGCUCCCUGUACCCCAUGCCCCUCCUUUGCUUGGCAGCUCUGAGUCUGGGGCUCACUGGCCUCCUUCCCCCGCCCCCUCCCACCUGCAUGCUCCUCGCCACCGCCGGCCCGCAAAACGAGCCCGCGAGCGGGCGCCGCGGGCCCCGGAGCACGCGGCCCGGUGCGGCGCCCCGCCCGCGCCCG